CCUGUCAUAAUGACUGAACCAUCCAGGAUUCCUGCCAUAAUGACUGAACCAUCCAGGAUUCCUGCCAUAAUGACUGAACCAUCCAGGAUUCCUGCCAUAAUGACUGAACCAUCCAGGAUUCCUGCCAUAAUGACUGAACCAUCCAGGAUUCCUGCCAUAAUGACUGAACCAUCCAGGAUUCCUGUCAUAAUGACUGAACCAUCCAGGAUUCCUGUCAUAAUGACUGAACCAUCCAGGAUUCCUGUCAUAAUGACUGAACCAUCCAGGAUUCCUGUCAUAAUGACUGCACCAUCCAGGAUUCCUGUCAUAAUGACUGAACCAUCCAGGAUUCCUGUCAUAAUGACUGAUGGCCCAGGACAAGGUUUAUAUUUUUUUUAUAUAUAUUUUUUCAGUUACAUCCAUGUAUCUACAUGUUAGUCACUUAAAUACUCAAUGUGACAUUUUAUCUGUAUUCAGUUCUAGUGGGGAGUGAAGUGGAGGAUGACCCUGAUCCACUGAAUUACAGCUUUGCUGAAAAUCCCAAUCACUUCCUGGAUCUCGCGACAUUGGACUCACCUUCCAGGACACAAGCUGGGGAAUCAUGUGAAUGCUCUGGUGUCAAGUUGGAAAACGAGAUGAUAGAGGAAACCGUUAGACAGUAUGAAGCAAACCAUGUAUUGAGGGAUCCAGAGCAGGUUGGGAUAAAAGAGGACCCUGAAGACGUGGGUCUAAGCAAGAAGCAGUCAGAAGUGGAUAUAUCUGUCAGCCAGAAGCCCCGUCACCCUCGUCGCUCCAUCAGUAUGCCAGAGGUGACAUUGGACCAACUGAGGAUUCAAGAUGAAAUGUACAAGAAAGAGAAAACAGAUUGGAUGAUCGAGAAAGAAGAUGGAGUCUCUAGGGACACACUUCAACUGCCGGUGAAGAAAGAGAAGAUGACAGAGUCAGGACUGGGUUUUAAGAGGACACACAUGUCUGUAGCAGAGCGUAUCAGGCGGUUUAACGCUCUGACAACGCUGCUCCGUAACCCCAGGGUUCCUCCAAGGCCCCCUGAACCUCAGCUCAAUGAUGUCCUGCAUGAGAGUCAGCGGGAGGGGGGUCAGCGGAGCGUUGUACGUCUGCGCCGGCAGGGAGCACGGCGGUUUGGACGCUCCAUCAGCCAUGAUGGUGUUCCCGGACCUUGGCCAGGACAAGCCUCUAAAAAUCAUCAAGAGGUGCCAGUGGUUGUUCAAAGCCUCAGUCAGUCAGUCCUAUGUCCACCUCCAGAGCCAACUCCUAGUGUUUAUCAAUUUGCCCAAGAGGGACAGUUUGAAAUCCAACAUACUCCUCAAAUACAACAGGAACACCUCAUGCAGACCAUCCAGGAUUUGUGCGCUCCUCCAUCACCCAAUCCAAAGCAGAACAACGAAUCCUGCCAAGUGACGUUUAAAGAAUCACAAUUGAAUUUCAAAGAAAGACAAUUGGAACCGGUAGAGGAACAACCUAAGGAGUCAGAGCUACAUGAUCUGCUGGAGAUGCACAAGAAUACAUGCAAUCCAAAGGAGGAGCAAGACAAACAUCUCACAGUUCCAAUGCAGGUGAAUAGACCGUUUCUGACCGACACGGUCUUAGAUGUUCCACCUCAGACCAUGGCCCCCCUACAGCAGGAGUCCAAAAGUACAGAAGUCAAAUUCCCUCUCCCUUUUCCCUCCAAGCCCUCCUCUCUCUCUCAAACAGAAACAUGCUCUCCCAUUCCCACUGGACCCUCUCCCACACCAAUAGACAGAACAUCAACUGACCUCUACACUGCACACUUGGUGGCGAACUGCUCCCCUUUCUCUGUCACGACCUUUGGCUUUAUAGAGAUAGACAUGGGGGUCAGUGAGAGUGAUGGAGAGAGUUUAACGGGGAGAGAACCCCCAUCACCAGCCUUGCAGUUCAAGCUCCCGGCCACCAAGAGACGUUACAGAGACUCGCCCUGCUGGCCCGUCCAUGAGAUUAGCAUGGCCACAGGGGACCCAUUGCAGAUCUGAGGGGUACAGGACAGACUAAAUGGUACUCCGUAACUAGCGCAUUGGUCUUGAGUAGUAGGGUUUACAAAUGGGAAAAUAAGAUCACUCGCACAAAGAAUGCCAUGUGUUUUUUUUUGUGUUUUUUUAAUGUAAUUUUCUGUUAUGCCAAUAUAGGUUAUCCUAGAAAAGUAGUAUUUUAAAGCGGCAGUCAACAGUAGAACAAUAACAAAGUGGCCUCCCUGUUUCGGUAAAAAUCUGAGGGAUGGGGCUGGAGAAAUGUAACCACUCUCAAAUGUAUCGACAAAGCUAUGGAUGCAAGGCCUGCCUGUCCAUAAUAUAACAAUUAUAGUUUUAACCAUGUAUUGAUACUAUAUCGUGUUUGUUUACAUUGUUUUCCAAACAUUGGAGUAAAAUAAGCUUAUUUUGGGUUCUGAUGGUGUACAAAUGUUACCAAGCUGUCAAUCAAUGCGUAAAUAUCAUUAUUAUAUCAAGUAAAUUAUAUUAUGUAGCAAC